GAGGGGAUGCGUGUGGGGUUCGGGGGGGCGGGGCGGAACGUGCUGUGCCCUCACCUAACAUGGCCGCCGGGGGCGGCGGGUCACGUGGGCGCGGCGUCCCUCAUCCCCGUUCCGGCGGCGCCCGCUGUGAGGCGGCGGCAGCGACUCAGUAGCCGCGACGUCGCUGCACCUCGGUCACUGACGGCUGAAGGAAGGAGGAGAGAGCCGGGCGGCUGCAGGUGGCCCGGCCCCGCGCGCUGCUCCCCCCCGGCUGACACAGAGAAUAUAUGCAAGUUUCAGUCCCAGGAUGGCUCAGAAGAGGAGCUCGAGUGGGAGGUCAUUCCCACUGCUGCUGAUGAUGAUUGUUGUGGCCUUUGUUCAUUUAACUGUCUGUCCAUUCACAAAAGUGGAGGAAAGCUUUAACCUACAGGCCAUCCACGAUGUUGUGUACCACCAGCUGGACUUGGAUAAGUAUGACCAUCAUGAAUUUCCUGGAGUUGUCCCAAGAACGUUCCUUGGACCAAUUUUUAUCGCUGCUCUUUCCAGCCCUGCUAUAUACGUACUCUCUCUGUUUAAAAUGUCCAAGUUUUACUCCCAGCUGAUAGUCCGAGGAAGCUUGGGGCUCAGUGUGAUUUACACACUAUGGAAGUUGCAAAAAGAAGUUAGAAAGCAGUUUGGAGCAACUACAUCAACCGUCUUUUGUCUCAUAACUGUUACUCAGUUUCAUUUGAUGUUUUACUGUACACGAACCCUUCCUAAUGUGUUUGCACUUCCUUUUGUGUUGCUGGCAUUGACAUAUUGGAUACAGCAGAAGCAGAGGCAGUUUGUUUGGUUCUCAGCUUUGGCAAUUAUAAUCUUCAGAUCAGAGCUCGCCAUAUUCUUAGGCCUCAUGCUUCUGGUAACAUUAUUAACUAAAAGAGUCUCCGUUUUAAAGGUGCUUUCCCAUGCUGUUCCUGCUGGAAUUUUUUGUUUGGGGCUAACAGUGGCUGUGGAUUCUCUGUUCUGGAGACAACUCGUGUGGCCUGAAGGGAAAGUGCUCUGGUAUAAUACAGUUUUAAACAAAAGUUCCAACUGGGGAACCUCCCCCUUCUUGUGGUAUUUCUAUUCAGCCCUGCCUCGUGCGUUGGGAUGCAGCAUUAUAUUUGUACCUUUAGGUGCAGCAGAAAAGAGAACUCGGAUAUUACUUUUGCCAGCACUGGGCUUUAUAUUCUUGUAUUCAUUUCUCCCACACAAAGAGUUGCGUUUUAUCAUGUAUACUUUCCCGGUCUUCAACAUAGUGGCUGCUAAAGUAUGCUCACGAAUCCUGAAUAACUAUCGGAAGUCCUGGCUGUAUAAACUUGGAUCUUUUUUUGUUAUAAUGCAUCUUGUAGUUAAUGCUGCCUAUUCAGGGACAUCGUUAUAUGUUUCACAUUUCAAUUAUCCCGGAGGAGUAGCAAUCCAGAAGCUUCAUGAGUUGGUACCUUCAACAGCAGAGGUCUCCGUUCAUAUUGAUGUGGCUGCAGCACAAACAGGAGUCUCUCGGUUUCUAGAAAUCAAUUCAGAUUGGAGGUAUGACAAAAGAGAAGAUAUUAAACCAGGAGACCAACUGAUGUUUUCUUACACACACAUACUGAUGGAAACGAACCCUCUUCAAAUAUCACAUUACAAGACAACCCACAGGCCACUGGCAAAUAUACCUGGCAUCAGUAAAAUUGGGCUGAACCUUACUGCACUACCUCCUUUUACUUUAAACUUAAAGCCAAAAUUAGUACUGUUGGAAAAACUUCCUUUAUCAUCCUGACUGUGAAUUUUAAGUCUUUUGAUGUAACUUUGCUGAUGACUGAAUAAUGUAUGACAACAGAAAAUUGUCAUUCCAGCACUGCAAUUCAGCUUCUGUGAAAAGGUACAGAAAAUCUUUGUACUUAUCGAUAUUUAGCUCCGUCCUCUUUCUUACAUUAAUAGUACAAUGCAUUCCUAGUCCAUAUAUACUCAAAUACCAAGUUAGAUAUUAUUAGGUGUGUUUAAGAGAAGCUACCUCCAAGUUUAGUGCUCUUAAUUAAAACUUGUCUACUUGGUUUGGGUAGCUGUCUGUUUCAUAAUGCAGCACAAGUAUGUCCUAAUUGUCCUAUAUAAGAUACAUUAUGGAACAGGAUUGUGCUAUGGCAAUAAUUUGAUAUGUAAUCUACGUGUGCACAGAUGCAUUACUUGAUUUAUCUGCUGGACUGUAACCCCCUUAGUUGUCAGAUUGCCUGUGUGAAACUUGAAUGAUGUUAUCAGCCUAGGAAAGCCAUAUUCAUUGUAGCUUCAUCACAAUACCUAAUUGUGCCCUGUGGGCUACCAAACUAAUUAAAGGGAAAGGUUCACCUAAAAAGCAGUUGGACCUCUUGGCAAGCACUGUCUUGUAACAGACUUGAGCAUUGGUUAUAUUUAUUCCAAUAGUUCAUGAAUAAGCAGUACAACUUGGAUUUCACAGGAAACUUUUUUUUUAAAUAGUAUUUUCCCUCUACUGCAGUAUCUUAAUUUGCAGUACAAAAGUUUACCUAUGAAAAUAUGUAAUCAAGUACACUUGAAGAUGAUAGGUGUUGUUUUGUUUCUUUAUUAAAUAGUCCUUUUGGAAUUAAAAUGCUGUAACAUAGCAUGUUCUGUAAUCUCUUCUUUAUUAGAUGUCUUUGUUAGGGAUGUCUGCCUAGACUGCAGAAUGGAAGAAGUUAAGGGGUAAACUAAGGAAGAAAACAUUUCAGUUAGAACCAGUUGUAACAUGACAGGGACUGCACUAGUGUAAAAAAUCACUAUUUGUGAAAUAAGAAUGGGCAGAAAGCUGUUUGUUGCUGACUGAGAACUUAAGAGUAAAAAAUUCUUAUUGAGUAACUUUUUUUUCCCAUUCUUUGAGCAUAUUUCAUUCAGGAACUACAUUUACCUGCAUUAUGUUUCAGUUUUUAGGAUCAUGUUUUCUUUUUAUCCUCUAGAUUAUGUAUCAAGGAACUGAUCUGGUGGGGUGGAGCCUGCUCCACUGUGGGUGGCUGUUGUGCAGGCUUCCUCACACCAAGAUCUGGCAAAGGCAACCUGCAGAACUUGUCAGUCCAGUCCCUGGCUCCUCUUGAAAUUGCAAUCAUUGAAGUAUUAUCUAUUUGACUUGUCUUUGGAAGAAAACUCAGCUUCCUUCAGAGCCAAUUUGGACAUCAACUAAUUCACAUGAUACAGAAGGAAGUAAAUGUGCAAAUAGCUGAGAACUUGGAACACUAUGAAGGAAAACUUUUGAGUAAGGAUGUAAGUCCUUAUAUGUAAAGCCUAAUCAUUUACUUUAUAUAACUCCCCCACAGUGUAAGCUGUAACUUGAGAACCUGAAGUGAAAUUUAUCGUGCCCAAGGUGUAGACAAAUAUCUGGCGGUGGUAGCAGUGUGUACUACUGCUCGCAGUCUUGGUGCUGCUGAAGGUAGAAGCUAUGAGCUCAAUUUGGCCUGUUUAGUGUGUGUAUAUAUAUAAAUUAUAUGUUGGGGGGAGAGAAAAGAAAAUAAAAAUGCAUAUGUAAAAGGCAGAAAAGAGAUUCUGAAGUGCAGUUUUGGGCAGUCUCUAAGUUUCUCCUGUUACAUCUUGAGCUAUAUAUGUGGUUCUUGGAAAGUGCUUAGUUCUUCGAUCUGAAACCUGGCUGGGAUUGUAGAUCAUGACCCAUGCAGCACUGUAGCACCAGGGGCUGGGUAGCUGACGUGACAGUCAGUAAGUAUAGCCCCCUACAACAUAGGCUGGGAGUGUUACUGUAACCCACGCUCUGAAUAAGACAGGGGCACCUGUCAAACUGCAGCAAAGAUCACUGCAGUUUUUCCCCAAAGGCCACUUUCAGUGUAAAAAAAAAAAAAAAAAAAAAAAAAAAAAAAAGUCAUUGGAAGAGAAAAUAAAACCAUCUCACCUUUCUUUCAAAUAAUACUCUCAUCUGGUAUGUCUUGUGUUGCCUUUCUUUAAAGCAAGUACCUUCCACAAGUGAGUUUUUUUCUUUUAAUAUAGAUCAAUGUCAGGAUAUUUUCGUGGAAGAAAGCAUGUGUGUAAGCCCCCUCAGAUGUAAGAGGACAUUAAGGAAAUCUCCCACUCCCUUUACAAACUUGGGUAAACACCCAGUUUGCUUUUAGGAGCUAGGGUUAGAAGAAGCCUUGAGUUACUACAGGUGUGGUACAGGAAAGAGACAUGGUCUGAAAACUUACUAGGAAGUUACAAAGGGACUUCAACAUAAUAAAUUUGUCAUUAACAUUCAUAAAACUCCUUUUGUCUUGACUGAUUACAAACAGCCUUGGCUUAGGCUAUAGCUUUUCAUAAUGGAAUGAAGCAAGCAUAUUCAAGUAAUUGAAGGUUGAAAUAAACAAAGCAAAAAAAAUGGUAUGGUCCACCUGUAAGUUAUGUUGUGACUAUGACAGUCAAACACAGAAUGGAGUUGUAAAUAAAAUGCAUUGAAUGUGUAUAAUGCUGCUAUAGAACAAAAUUUUAGCACGUCUUAUGAAAUUCCCUGAAGGUCAUUGAAGGUUGUGUAACAUCACAUUUGAAGCUUGACUUAAUUUCUUACAAGCAACAUUUGUUCCUGUAAAUAGUAAGGCUAACAAAAGAUUUGGGCACAAAUGUCAAAAUGUUGUGUCACCAGGAGUAGCCCAGAGAUGGUAGAUAACCACUGUCCUGUAGCAUAAGGCUUAGGAGAGCUUGUGUAAAACUAAAUAAAGCAGUUGCAUAUUGCAUGUAAAAAGUUGCAGGACUUACUGGUAGAAGAUAUUUGGAUGACGAAAGUAAAAGCAAGUUCAAAAUAGGAUUAAACAGCUCACUCUUCCAUUACAAACUAAAAAAGAUUAAGGAAUAAUUUCCAGUUCACAGAUUCUCUUAAAGCAUUCAGAACUAUAUUUUUAUCCAUACUGCAUUUACCUUAUACCUGUCCUCUGUAUGUGCUGUGGGUCUCAAGAGAAUGUGGGGGUGAGGAGGGCUGGAGAAUGGUUGUCCUGGAUCAGACAUAAAAUAUAUUUCUCUGUUAACGAGAGAAAUACCUCUCUGAGAAUGGUUGGAACCUUACUCAAGUUCUUUCCUUUACCAUCUGUGUCAUUCAAGCCCUCAGAAUACAUCAGUGCAACAUAGGCACAUAACAUGUUUGGAAGCAGUUUGAUUGUGUUCCUUUUUCUAGUCCAUCCAUGGUCCUGUCACACAUCCUCUUGGUGAAACAGAUUACACGUUGGGGUGAACAAGAUGGAGAAUGUGCUAUAGUUAACUGCUCUAGGACUAUACCACUAUUCCUAAGCACUUCUUUCUGUAAUGCUAAGGAGACUGAAAGCUGAUUGAUUGAUAAUAAAAUUCAUGGACUCCUUUACUGUAUCUCAAUUUCAAUGUGAGUGAGCAUGUGUUUCCCUUGCAUCUAAGCACUUUUCCAGAUACAAGAGAAGCUACACAAAAGACUAGUGCUGCCUUCCUCACUUUAUUAUGUUCAUUCUUAAAUUCACCCCCCUGGAGAAGUUUCCUUGUAAUUUAGUAUUCAAAGAGUCUUUCUUUUACCGAUGACUUCACUUUCUAUUUGCAGGAAAAGAACAAAACCACAGACUGAGUUUAUCACCAAUGUCAGCAAGACUGUUUAGCCACAGCUUUCUCAGUUAGCUGGUUACAUAAUUAGUCUCAGCUAUGUCUUAAAAUGAAAGUUGUCACUAUCUGCUUAACAUACAACACAGAAGAUUACAAUGGCGUUUGCAAAAGUUGCUGGUUUGGUGACAAAGAAUACCUCACAACAAAGAUUUUCUUUAAAUCAAAUAUGAUUCUUAUGCUUAAGUAAAUGACACAUUUUAUAUGCAACUUAAAUCAACUCUUUAGAUUACCAUGAGCAAAUACAGCUACUUCUGGUUGUCUGUUUCAGACCUUAGUUUAAGAUAGCAAGGACAGUCAGUGGUUUUUUUUCUUCUGAAAUUCCGUAUCUUACUGUCAUGGACAGUCUUUCAGAAAUUCUGCUUUAUUUCAGCUGCAAUUGCUUUUUGUUCCAUAGCAAGGCUUGAUUUCUGUCCAUUUACGUCAAGUGUAAGGUAGAAAUGCUUUCUGAAAUGGAAUCCCUCUUUUCCUUUAAAACUGCCAAUUUAAAUCCAAAGACUAAAACAAGGUAUUGGUUCACACAGAGGAAAAAAAUAAAAAAAAGUGCAGGGGGUUGGGGGUAAGGACUGUUUAGGCAUAGCUAGUCUUUGGAAUCCAAGCUGAUACUUAAGUUGGGCACAUCACUGUGGUUGCCAUUUCUGGUUGGUAUGUGCAUUUUAUGAAACAAAGCAGUUUGGGGUCAGUUUUGCCAGGAAGGUAAAGAAUUGCUCUUCCUUGUUGCUAAGAAUAAAGCAAAGGAUGAAUGUACUUGUCUUGUGGGAGGACUAUAAUAUUUGGUUUUAAGAAAAAAUGUAAAUCUGUAAUUAGAAAGUGAUAUUCACUAAUUACAGGUUUAUUUUUCCUGGGUUUGGAAAUACCUAAAUGCAGUUACUGUCAGCUCUGUAUAGUUAUGAAAAUAAAUACUAUUUUAAGGGACAGAUGUUUCAACAACUGUACACAUCUGCUUUGAGCUUGUCAUUUCUAUCUACGUUUUAUUAAUCACAUCCUUAUGCCACAAUUAAACUGUUCUAGAUUGAGAUUUCUAUCCUUUGUAAAUUGAGAAGGUAUUCUUGGAUGGUGGGGAGAAGCCAUGAACAUUCCUAGUAGAUGGUCACCAGCCAAAUUCUGCAGUCGGGCAGGUUGACUUCAUUUUUACUUGGGUAGGAAAAGAGGCCAAAUGGGAAUGGCAGUAUGGGAGGAGCAUUAUUCACAGGUUACUUUUGCAGAAUAUAUAUAUAUAUAUCAAUAAAUACAUUAUACACCUU